CCCCGGCCGUCCUACCCCCAUGUCCUAUUCCCACCCUCCCCUUAUAUCUCUCGCCACCGCCGCCCGCUAGCUAGCUACGACGCGCUCCCACCCAAACCUCAGCGGUUCAGAGUUCACACUGCCCGGAGGAGAUCUCGCUGCCCAGCAGUCCCGGCGACAUGAAGCUCCCGCUGUCGGCGGCCUCGCCCGACUCCACGCCGGAGCUGGCCAAGCCGUCGCUGCCCACCACCUGGCUCAUCCUGCACGCGCUCUUCUGCGCCACCUCCAUGGCCGUCGGCUUCCGCUUCUCCCGCCUCGUCGUCUUCCUCCUCUUCCUCCCCACCACGCCCCUCAACCCCGCCGCGCACCUCGUCUCGCUCGUCACCCCGCCGCUCACGCUCGCCACCGCCAACGCCACCGCCACCAUCACCACCACCACCACCACCACCACCACCGUCACCACCACCACCACCGUCGCCGAGACCGACGCCUUCGCCAACGCGCACCACCAGGUCCACCACGGGCCCGUCUUCGUCGGCCGCCACGCCAUCCGCGUCCGCAAGUGGCCGCACCCGGACCCCAGCGAGCUCCUCAAGGCCCACCACAUCCUCGCCGCCGUCCAGAGCGCGCAGCGCAGCAGCAGCCGCCGCGGGAACGGCCCGCCCAGGCCCGUCAUCGCCGUCACCCCCACCGCCACCUCCGCGCUCCAGACGCCCUCGCUCACGUCCCUCGCGCACACGCUCCGCCUCGUCGACGCCCCGCUCGUCUGGAUCGUCGUCGAGCCUGGCCACCGCACCGACGCCGUCGACGCCGUGCUAUCCCGCUCCAGCCUCGACUUCCACCACCUCGUCGGACCCGACGCCGCAUCAACCGCGCAACUGCGAAUGCACGCACUCAGGGAGAUACGGAAGCAGAAGAUGGACGGCGUCGUGGUGUUCGCCGACGAGAACGGCAUACUCCGCACCGAGCUCUUCGACGAGGCGCAGAAGGUGAAAUCCGUGGGCGCCCUGCCCGUCGGAAUCCUGGGCGAAGACGAAGGGACCAAGGAGUCCUUCCUGCAGGCGCCGGCCUGCGACGAGGCGGGGAAGCUGGUGGGCUACCACGUGUCGGACGAGACGCUCCUGCCCGCGGACCGGAGCGACAUGCUGCUCUCCAGCAGGCUCGAGUGGGCAGGCUUCGUGCUCAACGCGCGGGUGCUCUGGGAGUCGGGCGCCUCGGCGGAGCGGCCAGAGUGGGUGCGCGACCUCGACGCCGUCGGCGACGCGCACCUCGACAGCCCGCUCGCGCUCGUCGCCGAUGCCGCCCGCGUCGAGCCGCUCGCCGGCUGCGCCCAGGCGGCGCUCGCCUGGUCGCUCCGCUCCGAUGCUCUGCGCGAGGUCAAAUUCCCGCACGAAUGGAAAUUUGACGCUCCUCUAGUAAAUGCCGCCUCGCGUCAACAGAGUGUAGCAAAUACUGAAGAUGGUCACUAGAGAGCAAUAUUUUUUUUUUGUGGGAAAUAGAAAUCAGGGCAGAUCAGACCGCUACGGCUCGUCUGAUUUUGUGAGUCUCCACUAAUGCAGCUGUGCCUCCUGGUACCAAGAUAUCUCAACUCUUGUGUAACAGAAGGCAGUUCAGUUCAGCUUGUUUUUGGGACUCUGCACAAAAGCACAGACCGAUACAUCUAAAACCAUCACUCAUGUUCUGUAUCAUCGUGUAAAAAUAGAAGAUGAAGAAAAGUUUAAUUAUAUGCACCACUCAUCGCUUCUUCAGUAGGUACAGUUCUCUAGACGCAUUGUUUUCUUGUAAUUAUAGGUCAUAGCGGAGGUGCUGGCGAAAUUGGUUUGAGGGCAUUUGUUUGUGUAAUCGUGUGAAGCAAUAACGAUCUAGCUCUUUUUUUUUU